AUGGAAUCCUCACUUCCUCGAAUCAACAUAGAUUGCACUUUAAUUAUGGCAAAUGGAAAAGAAGAAGGGCUUAAAGGAAGAAAGAAAGACUCAAUAGAGUUGUUUAUUGGAAGCUCACAGCUAUUUCUAGAAAAUGGUUUAUCACAAUUACGAUACAUGAUAUUAACUGAGGGGCUCUCAAUCCCUGAAGGCUAUAAUCAAUGUCCCUAUAGAUCGUAUGUUUGGUCAAUCUUGAGUCGUACACAAACAUUCUCCACCAACCACUACUUGCAAUUAUUAUCAGAGCUGGAGACUAGCUUGAGUAAAGAGCUAAGAGCAAAGAUCAAAGGUGAUACUUUUCGAACAUUAAUGAAUGAUCAGAAAUUCCAUCAAAAGGUGAGCGAGGAUCUGUUGAUACGAAUUUUAUCAUGUGUUGCAGUGACAAAUGACGUGGGAUAUGUCCAGGGGCUAAAUGUGCUCCUAGCCCCUAUAGCUUAUAGCUGUCAUCGAAGUGAACCACAAGCAUUCGCCAUACUACACACUAUAAUCACCUAUCAUAUUCCAUUAUACAUAACACCCAACUUGGAAGGUGUUCACACUGGUCUAAGCCUAGUCGAGGUUGUACUCAAAAUCAUAGAUCCAGUACUAAGCGAAGCACUCGAUUCCAAAUUCUUGAGACCGGAAAUUUACGCCUUCCCGUCAGUUCUAACCCUAAGUGCAUGCACACCUCCGUUAAAUGCAGUAUUGAAGCUAUGGGAUUUCCUAUUUGCGUAUGGAUUUCAUAUGAAUAUUUUAUUUAUUGUGGCACAAUUGAUUAUGCACCGAACCGAAAUUUUGGAAUCAGAUCAACCAAUGAAAGUAUUACGCAACUUCCCUAGUUUGGAAGCUAAUGAAAUUAUUAAAUUGAGUUUAAGUUUUAUACCUGAAUUGCCAAAACCACUUUUUGACUUGAUUGCAACGCAUGGUCAUGAUAAGUCUGUUCCGAGGAAAUUAAAGGCGUUUUUAGCCGAUAAUGAUGCUUGA